AUGACAAACAACAAGGCUUCACGGCUGCUUGCAGCCUACCUAUAUCUCGGAGCAAGUGGUGUCGUAGCACAGCAACAGACUACUUGGGGGCAAUGCGGAGGAAUAGGCUACAGUGGCCCGACGAGCUGUACUUCUGGGACAAGUUGUUCAACAUUGAACUCAUAUUACGCCCAAUGUAUCCCUGCUACUGGUAUAAUCACUAGCACCCGCACCACUCUUGCGUCGACAUCAGCAACAACAACAUCAGCUUCAAGAACCACAUCAGCAACAUCGAUUCCACCGCCCAGCUCGGGUGUCCGGUUUGCAGGUAUCAACAUUGCUGGAUUCGACUUUAGUUGCUCAACUGAUGGAACCUGCAACGUGUCUGGUGCCUAUCCGCCACUCAAGAAUUACGAUGGCGCGAACAACUAUCCAGAUGGUGUUGGUCAGAUGCAACACUUUGUGAAUGACGACCAUUUCAAUAUUUUCCGCUUGCCCGUCAGCUGGCAGUAUCUAGUGAAUGCCAACCUUGGCGGCACCUUGGACGCCACCAACCUGGGCUACUAUGAUCAACUCGUCCAGGGAUGCCUUGCCACAGGUUCAUACUGCAUCAUUGACAUACACAACUAUGCUCGCUGGAAUGGCAAAAUCAUUGGCCAAGGCGGCCCUACAAACGCUCAAUUUGUUAGCCUUUGGACACAAUUGGCGACAAAGUAUGCCUCGGAGCCCAGGAUAUGGUUUGGCACUAUGAAUGAGCCGCACGAUCUCAACAUCACCACCUGGGCGGGUACUGUACAGGCUGUUGUUACUGCAAUCCGUAAUGCGGGUGCUACCUCGCAAUACAUCUCCCUUCCGGGCACUGACUAUCAGUCUGCUGGACAAAUCAUUUCUGACGGUGGCGCAGCGGCUCUAUCUGCCAUCAAGAACCCCGACGGCUCAACAACAAACCUGAUCUUUGAUGUUCACAAGUACCUGGACUCGGAUAACUCUGGUACCAACUCGAUUUGUGUUACGGACAAUGUCGACAGUGCAUUCGCGCCACUAGCCACUUACCUUCGUACGAACAAGCGUCAAGCUAUUCUGACUGAGACUGGUGGUGGCAACACUCCUUCGUGUGAACAGUACAUGUGCCAGCAGAUUAAAUAUAUCAACCAGAACCCCGAUGUUUACUUGGGAUAUGUUGGAUGGGCUGCGGGCUCGUUCGAUCCAGGAUACCCGCUGGCUGAGACUCCGGUUCAAGCUUCAAGCGGUACUUGGACUGAUCAGCCUCUGGUGUCGAUGUGCUUUGCCCGUUGA